CUGCAGAGUAAAUCCCUCAAUUUGGUCAUCUGUUUCGGUUCAACCAUUGUACGUGGGAUUGCGUCCGGAGACUGUCCGAUUGCGAGGACGCCAUAUUUAAUCUCAAUUGCGCCCUCUUUUUAUGAUUGAUUGAAUGUUCAAUUAAAUGCCUCCUCUUUCCCUUUUCCUAUACAAGUGCUGUCAAAAUGACAUGCGCAACUAAAACCUCCUGCGAAGGCUGCUCCUGCAGCAACAUCAACACCCCCAUCAACAUCGAAGACUGCGAAUCCGAACUCCUCGCUCUGCGCCAACGCACCCGCGACCUCGAAAAGACCCUAUCCUCCGUCACAAAACAAGCCACCCAAACUCCAACAAAACGCUUACGCUCCGCGCAAUGGUUCGACAACAAUGACAACCCCGGCAUGACGGCCCUCUAUAUCGAGCGCUACCUCAACUAUGGCAUGACCCGCGACGAACUCAUGUCCUCCAACAAACCCGUGAUUGGAAUCGCGCAGUCCGGCUCCGACCUCAGCCCCUGUAACCGGUACCAUUUGGAGCUGGCAAAACGGGUGAGGGAGGGAAUUCGAAGUGCCGGCGGUAUUGCGAUGGAGUUCCCGACGCAUCCGAUUCAAGAGAGUUCGAGGAGGCCAACGGCGUGCUUAGAUCGGAAUUUGAUGUAUUUGGGGCUUGUGGAAUUAUUGUAUGGGUAUCCGUUGGAUGGGGUUGUGUUGUUGACAGGGUGUGAUAAGACGACGCCAGCGGCUUUGAUGGCGGCGGGGACUGUGAAUAUUCCGGCGAUUUGUCUGAAUGUUGGGCCUAUGAUGAAUGGCUACGUGAAGAGUGAACUGGCCGGGUCCGGCAUGGUACUGUGGAAGGGAAGGGAGAUGUAUGCUGCUGGAGAGAUAAAUAAGGAGGAGUUUAUCGAUUACGUUUCAAGAGGUGCACCGUCGGUGGGACACUGCAACACCAUGGGUACAGCAUCGACGAUGAAUGCGCUGGCCGAAGCACUGGGUAUGGCUCUUCCCGAGUCAGCUGCAAUCCCAGCGCCAUAUCGUGAAAGAGCGCAAUGCGCGUAUGAAACCGGUCUGCAAAUCGUUGAGAUGGUCCAUGCAGACCGCAAACCCAGCGAUAUCAUGACCCGCGAGGCCUUCGAAAACACCAUCGUGGUCAACACAGCCAUUGGCGGCAGUACCAAUGCACCAAUUCAUAUCAACGCGAUCGCAAAACAUAUCGGGGUCGACAUAUCGCUAGAUGACUGGGAUCGACUUGGUUUCCACAUCCCACUUCUACUCAACAUGCAGCCUGCGGGCGAGCUGCUGGGUGAGGAAUACUAUCGCGCAGGAGGCCUCCCCGCUAUCAUGGCUGAAUUAUUAGACGCAGGCAAGCUGCACGCCGACGCGCUGACCUGCAAUGGUCGUACAGUCAUUGAUAACGUCGGCGGUCGGCACAGCUGGGACCGGCGCAUGAUCCGCGCUUACCAGGAUCCUCUGGUCGUUGAUGCAGGCUUCGUGCAUCUGCAGGGUAACCUAUUCGACUCAGCAAUCAUGAAAACUUGCGUUAUCUCGCAAGAAUUUCGCGAAAAGUUCCUCGAGAACCCGAACGAUCCGAAUGCCUUUGAGGGUACUGUAGUCGUCUUCGACGGCCCUGAGGAUUACCACCACCGCCUCGAAGACCCCUCCACCCCGAUCAACGAAUACAGCGUCCUGAUCAUGCGUGGUGCAGGGCCACUGGGUUAUCCCGGCGCCGCUGAAGUGGUCAACAUGCACCCACCGGGCCGUCUAUUGCGACAGGGUGUACACUCACUGCCAUGUAUCGGCGAUGGACGACAAUCGGGAACCUCGGGGUCACCGUCGAUUCUCAACGCCAGUCCCGAGGCUGCUGCGGGAGGGAAUCUGGCACUACUGCGUGACGGCGACCGGCUGCGUGUCGAUCUAAAUAAGCGCCGCGUGGACAUCUUGUCGGUGUCGGAAGAUGAAUUGCGACAGCGGCGGGAAGAACUGUCGAUACGAGGAGGAUACAAUAACCCGAAGAGUCAGACACCGUGGCAAGAGAUGUUCCGGAAAGAGACGGCGCAACUGAAUGAGGGAAUGGUGUUGCGUGAGGCUGUCAAGUAUCAGCGAUUGGCGCAGGGAGGAGAGCCUCGCCAUAAUCACUAGGGCAAUAGAGAUAGCCGUAGAGAUGACCACGGGAUUGCGCGAUUGACCCUGAUUGAUAACAAAUAUUCCUUGCAUAUCCGGAAGUACUUAUAUUUAAUAAUAAUAGCACAAUUGUGACGCUGUAACUGCACCAACCGGAUAGGGCAGAAUCCUGAAACAGCCUAGACUCGCCCGUGACUUCAUCUGGUCUGUUCUCGUCAGACCGCCUCAAAAUUUUUUUUUUCUCACUUUCACGCACUUCGUUCAUUCCCCUCUCCUUUUUCUUCUUUCUUCUUUCUUCCCGCAUAUUUCUUUUUCGCUGUCAUGUCUGUCUAUCUCCGUCCAUUCAGCUCCCUCGUGGCUCCCAUGCGCGUUCUCUGAGGCCUCUUACUCAACCACCGCCGGACUCUUGCAUUGCGCUUUGCUACCUUGCAGGCCAUCUUG